AUGCUGACUAGUACUACUACUAAACCAUCAACACAACCUACAUCAUUUGAAGAAGAACUUGAAGUGAAAAGACGUGAACUUGAAUAUUUAUCAACUAAUUUUUCUCGUAAUCAAAGUAUAUUAGGUCAAUAUAUUGGAUUAAGAAGUAAAUUAGAAAAUCAAUAUCAAGAGAAUUUAAUUGUUAAACAAGAAUUUGAAGAUUUAUAUCUUGAUAGUGAAGAUGAAGAAACUAUUGAAGAACAAGAAGAAAGAAUUAAAAAUGAUGAAGAAAGUUAUAAAAUUUAUAAAUUAAUUGGACCAGUUUUAUUACCACAAAGUUUUGAUGAAUGUAAUUUAAAUGUUGAUAAAAGAAUUGAAUUUAUUCAAAAUGAUAUUAAACGACUUGAUAAACAAAUUAAUGAUCAACAAUUAAAAAUUAAUGAUAUUAAAAAUCAAUUAAUGAAUAUAAGUCAUGAAAUUGCCAAUAGUGCCAUAAAUAGAUAA